GCAAAAUAAGUCAAAAUUUUAUAGGAGAGUUUUCUUGCGCUUGGUAAAAUCAGUAAGAUUCCACGAUGGUUGAAUGGACAGAUGCCGAACGCCACAUUAUCAGUGAUGUGUGGGGAAAGCUCAGCGUUGACGAAAUUGGACCACAGGCACUAGCAAGGGUUUUGAUUGUGUUUCCAUGGACCCAGAGGUACUUCGCUUCCUUUGGUAAUCUGUCUAAUGCCGCAGCCAUUACAGGAAACGCCAAGGUAGCUGCCCACGGCAAGGUGGUCAUGCAUGGUUUGGAGAAAGCUGUGAAGAACCUGGAUAAUAUUAAACAAAGCUACGCACAGUUGAGUGUUAUUCACUCGGAAAAACUGCACGUGGAUCCCGACAAUUUCAAACUUCUUGCAGAGUGCAUCACUGUAUGUGUAGCCAUGAAGCUUGGACCUUCCGUCUUCACUCCUGAGGUUCAGGAAGCUUGGCAGAAACUCUUAGACUGCGUUGUGUCAGCUCUGGGCAGGCAAUACCACUAAGAAAUUAUUAAAAUACAAAGAUGUUUACAGCGAAUACAAAGAUCCAGUACAUGAUGUUUUCGGUGCAAAAAUAAAUAAAUAAAUAAAAUUGCCAAGAAAUUCCA